AUGCCCAAGAGUAUUAAUAUAGAGAGGUUCUACUGUAUGUAUGAGUAUUCUAACUAUGCUAAGAAAAAAGAACAGCGGAAUUACAUUCAUCAAAUUAGUAAAGCUAAUAAUAUCCCUUGGAAUGUUUUAGGUGAUCUAAACUUCCAUAUUAUUGAUAAAGAUGUUGGAACUUCCUCUUCGACAGAUGGUUGGGUUAACAAUAUUGUCUCUAGUUGUGGCUUAGAAGAUAUAGGCUUUGUAGGUAAAGAUUAUACUUGGACCAAUAAUAACAUGGGUACUGGAUCUAUAAGAUCUAAAAUAGAUAUGGCCUUAGGAAAUGAAAAUUGGACUUUACAUUUCCCUAGGCUUUUAUAUCUUACUCAACUAGGUAGUAAUCAUAGUCCUAUUAUGCUACACACUGAUGUCACCUUACCUAAAUGUUUGAGACCUUUUAAGUUCUUCUUAACCUGGUUAAAUGAUGAAUCUUUUUCCCUUGUUAUUGCUAAUGCUUGGAAAUAUAGUGUUAAUGGCUCUCCAGUAUAUCAGUUGGUCAAUAAACUGCAUAAAACUAGAAGGGAAUUAUCCUUAUGGAACAAAGAGAACUUUGGCAACAUCAAUCAAAAGGUGGACAAUCUUCACCUGGAGUUAAAUAAACUUCAUGAGCAGCCUUCAGAUCCAAGUACCAACAAUGAUAUCAUCAACAUCAAUAAUGACUUAAGCAAGUGGCAUAAAAUAAAGACUGAAUUCUAUCAACAAAAUUCCAGGGAUCAUUUUAUCAAGGAUACGGACACAAACAACAAAUACUUCCACACUAAGGUUAAUAGAAGGAAAACUAGGUAUAAUAUAGAUUUCAUUCAGGAUCAUAACAACAAUUGGUUGCAGUCAAGGGAUCAAAUCUCUCAACAUCUCACUCAUCAUUUUAAGAGCAUUAGCACAUCCAGCAAUCCAGUCAUUGAUGAAGGUCUUUAUAGCAUGCUGCCUACAAUUUUUUCAGAAUUUGAAUAUGUGUCUCUUACAAGAAUCCCACUAAUGAAGAGAUACACUCUACACUCAAAACUCAAAAGUAUGGAGAACUGGAGUGCACCAGGUCCUGAGGGAUUCCAAGCUGGUUUUUACAAGAGUCAAUGGAGCAUUGUUGGUGAAGAUAUUAUUUCUAAAGUUCUUGUAAACAUAAUGAAACCACUUAUUGAUAAGAUUAUAUUCCCUUUUCAAGCUGCCUAUGUUUCAGGAAGACUGAAGAAAAGAGGAGAAACUGGAUGGAUGGCUCUGAAGUUAGACAUGUCAAAGGCUUUUGACAGUACUACAUCAUUGUCAGUUAUGCUCAAUGGAUCACUAUGUGAAGAAUUAUCUCCAUCUAAAGGUAUUAGACACGGUGAUCCACUUUCACCUUAUCUAUUUAUACUAGCUAAGGAAUUUCUUUCAAGGAAACUCACAUCUGCUCAAAAGGGAAGCACAAUUAAAGAGCUCCUUCAUAAUUUCAGCUCACAGCCAGGGCAAGUUAUAAAUUUUGAGAAAAGUGCAGUUCAUUUCAUUAAAAAAACUAAGCCUGAAGUAGCAGAGACUCUAAGACAGAUUCUUGGUGUUAAACCAAUGAACUCAAGGGAAAAAUAUCUUGUAUAUCCACUCAUUCUUGGACAUUCAAAGCAAGAGUAUUUCAAAAGCAUCAAGGAAAAUUUUGAAAACAUAUUUUUUACAUGGUCUUCUAUAACUCUUUCUCAAGCAGGAACAUGCAUUAUGAUCAAGCAUGUUCUUAACUCUGUUCUUAUUUAUCAGAUGGGGACUUUUAAGCUACCAUCCAAGCUUCUUCAACAACUGACAAGCAUUGAAAGAAAGUUUUUCUGGGGGUAUAAUAAUAAUAGAGGUCAUAAUCCAACUGCUUGGUUAAAUGUUUGCAGACCUGCUGAGAUGGGUGGUCUAGCUUUUAGAGAUCUGGAGAAACUUAAUUUAGCAAUGCUCACUAAAAUUGCACGGAGAAUAUGCAAUGAACCUAUGUCUCAGGUUUUAAGCAAACUACUCCUUCCUGAUUCCUCUUAUUGGAAUGUCAACUUACUGAAUAUUUUAUUUGAUGUCGAUACUUCCCUCAAGGUCCAAGCUCUUCUCAUAGAUAACAGUAAGGAAGACAUUAUGAUUUUGAUGCCCGCAAAGGAUGGGAAAUUGUUAAUUAAAAGUGCUUACAAGAUGCUGACUUUCAAUGACAGAGAAGUUCAAGUUAAUGGGAUUGCGGUUAACAAGAAGGUGCAGAAAGCUCUAUGGGGCAGUAAAGUUGCUCAACGCAUCAAACUCUUUGCAUGGAAAUGCAUAAGAGGAAUAAAUUCCACCAAGUGUAAAAGGGAUACAUACAAUGAUAGUCUUGAUACCAAUUGUGAUAUUUUUGGUUGCACUGAAGAGACAAUGGAGCAUAUUAUCUUUGAACGUUGA